AAGUUCCAUCGGGCGCCGUUUAACGGACAACAACCAGCCUGAGCGACCUGUCCCCCGCAUCACAACACACACACAGACACUGGUCCAUGUUUACAGAGACAGGGAGCCAACACCAAAGAUACUAGAGGAGCUCCUCUAGUAUCUUUGGCCAACACUGUCAGCGGGGAAGAUGGCGCGAUUCUUCUCCAACUUUUACCAGGGCAGUAACAGGUGCCUCUGCUGCCACUUCCGAACAGGCUGCAUCAUCCUGACCGCUACUUACACGGUUAUCUGGACUGUAAUGGCUGGAUUUGAACUGGUGAGAUUAUUCAGGCCAGAUUCAAAAGUAGAUGUUUCUGUGGUCGGUAUUCAUUUUGAAGGCUUUUUUCAGGGAGUGGACACUUUUACAUCUCUUAUUUUUGUCAUUUUCCUGACUGCUGUCAGUGGCUUGGCAGUUUAUGGAAUUAUUAAGUACUAUCCGUAUUUUCUGAUUCCAUUUAUAAUUUACCUGGUAGUGGACUUCAUCAUCUAUUGCAUAGAAGUAGUUGGCAUCUACGUUGAGUUACCAGAACGCGUACAUGUCAAGUAUUAUGUUAAAAACGUGUUUUAUUUCCCAGAAAAGGAAGCUGUUUCUGGCCCAGGCAGCAGAAGAGCAAUGAUUAUGUUUUCACUUAUGUUCAUAUCAGUUAUGCUUUUAAAGUGCUACUUCAUCCGUGCUGUGUGCAAAUGCUACAAGUUUAUUAAGGAUUUGGAACACGAGAGCAGCUUGGUGGACACGCUCCUUGAUCUUCGUUCUCGGGAAGGAGUUACACCAACACCUAAACCGAAAACUCAAUAACCCGGCCUCCAGCAUAUAUUAUCAAGUUGCCAUUAAAUGAGGAGGUUGUAAACAAAACACUAGAAGAAUUGCCAAUGAUGAAGUCUCCAUCUUCCGACACAACAAUGUAUUUAACAGUUGCCUGACAUGAACAUGUGUAUGUUCGGUACCUGUGAAAAAUGUUAGCGUGCAGUAUUACACUGGGUAAAAUCCUGAACUUCAAACAGUUUUUUAUUUGGGUAUAAUGGGUUUUAUAAUUGUUACAUGUGAUCGUUGAGAAUUUUGUGUUGUACAUUAUAAUCUCAAAACCUACACAAGUGAGGACAUUUUGAAUGCUUAUGGUUAAUGUCCAUUGUACUUGCUAAACACCUAAUUCUGAUAUUGACAGCUAUUAGAAACCAUACGUGUGUCUGUAAAGUGGCACAUUUAAUGGUAAAAGUUAAAGCCGACUAGUCACACUUUCAGUCCUGGGCCAUGAACAUCCAUUCCUGGGUGCCGCAGGUGUUUUCCAGAUAGUUUAAGACCAUGCCCAUCAAACUAAACAGCAGCCGGCAAAUUCUGAAAUAAAAUGCAAAACGCUGGGAAUAAUCAGCAGAUUCAGUGAGCUAUAUCCCAUGAAUUCCAGACUGCAGAGAACAACUCCUUUUAGAAAAGGAAUCAACAGGUCAUCAGGAAUGAAUUAUAAGCGGAUAAUAACCACACAUUUCAAAUUUUCUCCCUCUUCCGGUACUAAUGCAAUGGUUUUUUUCUCCUAUAGUGGUUCCGUUUGAGCUGAGAAAGAUCCAUUUCCCAUUAUGUUUUUCUUUAUCUACUACUUUUUAUUUACCAUACCUACUGACACCAAAAUAUACAUCUGAUAGUCAUCAGAUGAUGGCCACAACUCAGGAAUGAUUUCCUAGCAGUUUGGAAUGUUGCAGUUGACUAAAAAAAUAAUUACAGCCUAAUUCAACAACUAUUAAGAUUUUUAAACAAUCAUUUUCUCAUGGACUAAUAUGCAAUUUGUGGAAUACUGGAGAAGCACCUGAAUCAUAAUUUAUAGCACAAGCUGCUUUAUCUGCCUCCAGUACUGUCACAAUGUUACUCAGACAGAAAGGGUGGCAUGUUUGCAUGUAUCAGAGUUUGAUUGUAGAAGUUUGAAGCUUCAGUGGAUUUUUGUCCAGUCUCAAUAAGUCCACCAAUUGAGCGACAACACAACAGAACGCAUUUGUCAAGCGAGCUCCCUGUUUGCGGGACUUAGUAAGCAGAUUUCAAUCGGCUAGUUGAGGGAAAAAGCAGAACUUAAAUAUUGUAAUCCUUUAUUCAAAAUAACAAAGUUGCUCAUGUUUGAAAUCACAAUUGGCUACCGAAUAUUUGAUCCAUGAUGACCACCUGAGAAAGGCAUCUAGAUGUCUUUCUGCUAAUUAGUUAUAAUUUGAGCUUAAAUAACAUCUUCAAACAUAUUUGAUUUUUGCCACUAUUUACGAAAGCUUCACAUGCUUUCAAUACUUAUCACAAUUUUCUGACUGUAAAUUUAGUUUUAAAACUUGGAAUCCAUAGCUUAAGUAUUUAAUUAUUUUCUAUUUAUUACCCAUAAUUUUCUCUUUCUAUAAUAUGUGCUUUAAGUAAAGUUCCCUGUUUAUCAGUGGAAUGGACCAUUUAAAAGGAACAUUGGCUUGAUUAUUAUUUUUUAAUUGUUCAAAAUGCACAACUUGAGAAAAGAUAGGGGAGCAUUGAAGUGGCAAGAUGUAAAUGUGCCCUUUUAAAUUUGACUGUAAAAUUGUACAAAUAGAAUAUAAUCUUUCUUGGUAUAUUUGUAGCUUUCUAUAUCAUUUUGAAAUCUGUGGUACUAUAUGUUAUGGCUGAACUGUGGCAAUUGCAGUUGUCCUCGCAUUUAGUGCAAUCAGUAACAAAUCAUUUGUUUUAGCUGGUUCUUCUGUACAAUGAGCUUACUUAAAUAAAUUAUACAAGCAAUACAAAUUGUUUUGAGUUGUGCAAAAAUCCGUAAUGUUGGAAGCUUGUAGUUGAUGAAAACGCUGUAUGUACAAAAUGCACAAUCUGCACAUUUAUAUUAUUCCUGUUUAGAAAGGAACU